UUAUCAAAGUGGAUUUAUUGUGCCUUGUUCAGGGGAGGGAUGAAAAUACCCCGUGGGCAUGCUAAGAAAAGGGUCAUGGGACUCCCAAAAGGAUUACCUUGAACUGGAGUCAUGAGACUUGGGGGCGAACAAAGACCUCGCUCACAUGCUCAUCACAUCAACCGACCCUCAUAAAGUGAAGAAAUUUCAUGUCUCGUGGGGAUUCAAUGGGAGCGCUUGGCUGGGAGAGGAUGGCUCGGAGACGGGAGAACCAGCAGACUUCCCCCUCAGCUGUGGAGGCCGAAGCGUGGGGCUCCAGCGGAGGACUGUGUGCGCACACAAAGCUUGGAUUGAGAGGACAUUUCUCAAAAGAGAAUGUAUUCACAUAUUUCCCAGCAAAGACCCAUCCAGAUGUUCCUGCGGGCAGCUGGUGACGCAGCACGUCGCCAUCCCUCCCGGCGCCAGCUCCAUAUCCGAGGCGACGCCGCUGGUGCAGAUCGAGACACCGAAUGACAAAUGGAGCGUGAUAAAACACACCAGGACCUACCCGACCGACUCCUACGGGAUCAUCGAGUUCCAGGGAGGAGGGUUCAUCAACAAGGCCAUGUACAUUCGGGUUUCAUAUGACACCAAACCCGACAACCUCCUGCAUUUGAUGGUGAAGGACUGGCAGCUGGAGUUGCCCACCUUGCUCAUCUCCGUGCACGGAGGCCUCCAGAACUUUGACCUCCAGCCCAAACUCAAGCAAGUGUUUGGCAAAGGCCUGAUCAAAGCAGCGGUCACCACAGGAGCCUGGAUCUUCACGGGCGGGGUCAACACAGGGGUGAUUCGUCACGUUGGAGAUGCCUUAAAGGACCAUUCCUCCAAAUCACGAGGGAAGGUCUGCGCAAUUGGAAUAGCUCCAUGGGGGAUCCUGGAGAACAAAGAGGACCUUAUUGGAAAAGAUGUAACCAGGCCCUACCAAGCGAUGGCAAACCCACUGAGCAAGCUGGCAGUGCUCAACAACAGCCACUCCCAUUUCAUCCUCACCGACAACGGGACCUGUGGGAAAUACGGCUCAGAGGUCAAACUCCGUCGGCUGCUGGAGAAGCACAUCUCCUUGCAGAAGAUCAACACCCGUUUGGGCCAAGGGGUUCCUCUAGUGUGUCUGAUCGUGGAGGGAGGUCCCAACGUUAUCUCCAUCACCCUGGAGAGCCUGAGGGAUGAGCCUCCCAUCCCGGUGGUGGUGUGCGACGGCAGCGGCCGUGCCUCCGACAUCAUAUCCUUCGCGCACAAGUUCUCCGAGGAUGGAGGCCUGGUCAAUGACGAUGUGAGAGACCAGCUAUUGGUCACUAUUCAGAAGACRUUCAAUUACAGCAAAAGCCAGUCCCAGCAGAUCCUGCUCAUGGUAAUGGAGUGCAUGAAAAAAAGGGAGCUGGUGAGUAAUGAUGAAGGUUUCAUCRUGAUCACAGUCAUCAUAUUUAACAUAUUAUAUUCCAUUUAAUACGUGUCAAACAAUAAACACCCUUUGAGUUGUGAA